AUGGCUCCAACGUUACAACAGUGCCCCGUCUGCUUUAACCACUAUAGAAGCACUCCAGACGGGAAGUUAUGUCGGCACGGAGGUAAAGUGAAAGGACAGGAAUGCUCGGGGUCCCGGAAAAAAGUUGAUCAAUCGGGCGCGAGGGCUGCUUCGCCUCUCGGUGCCGCACCCGACCCCAAGCCUGGGCUGCCCACACGGUCGUCCGCCGCAUCGGUCUCCGGUGAUCCUCUCGGCCUGGAUUACUCAGGUGUUUUUGAUAAGCUGACGGCCGUGCUGAAAUGUGUACCGGUGUACGACCAUAUCCCUAAGCCAUGCAGGGAGAAGUUCGCACAUGAUCUGAACGCCUUGCUGACGGCUGUUUGUAACAACCCUGGUGACCCGGCUCACUGGGUUAGACUCCACUGUUUUGUCCCAUACGUCUUACAGAAGACUUCCAGAGGAGGUCGCCGGGUCAACCAGGGCAAUCUGGUCAACAACCGUCUAAGCGAAUAUUCAACUAUUGGUCUUGAAACCCUGGUACUGUGCUUUGAUGGGUUCAAUAAUGCCAAAUCACAAAAGCACAACCCCGAUCGAUGGAUCAACGCUGUGUCAUCUUGUAUUGAACAGGGAAACCUGUCCUCGGCGGUCAGACUUGUCUGUUCGCCGGAGGGCCUGGCGGAGAGCUCGCCGGCCACCUUCGAUAAAUUAUGUUCUAUCCACCCAAAAAUUCCGGUGGACAGGCGGGUCUUUCCCGCAUUGACACCAACGGCUGGUUGCGUUUCUUCCGCCGAGGUGCUGAGGGCCGUUAAAUCUUUCAAAAACGGUUCUUCUGGAGGCCUGGAUGGCCUACGACCCCAGCACCUUAAGGAUGUUUUUUCAGGCCCCUUGCCAAUUGACGACACACUGAACUCCUUAACCCAAUUCAUUAAUUUGAUCCUAUCUGGAGCUUGCCCACUCUCCCUCUCUGAGCUUGAAUUCGCCCUGGGUCGUGUUUCCUGUCUUUCGGCCCAUGAUGCCUUGACUAUUAUCCGCAAUGCCCUCAGUUUGCCCAAAUUGAUGUACUUCCUGCGUACAUCUAAACACAUUGACCCUUCUAAAUUGGGCGAAUUUGACGGAGCCCUGCGCACCGCCCUGUCGUCGAUUUGCAAUGUUCAAGUGACCGACACCGGCAGAUGUUUGGCGUGGGAUGUUACGGUCCCUGGCACCCUCGCCAAACGAUACGUAAACCUGACAAGUAAAGAAUGCGGUUUGGCCGCGGCCAGGGCAGCGGACGAGAAAAUGAAAAAAUAUGGGAAUGCCCUCCCCUCGAUGGAAUUCUUGCCAAUAUGCAUCGAGGUUCUCGGCCCGAUGGACCCCAACACCUUUAAAUUUCUUAAGGAAAUAGGCAAAAUGAUCAGUGUCAGAUCAGAGUUUUAUAUAGUCGACGUAAUAAAGGAACUACGCAAACAUAAGCCAGCGAUGAAAAUACAUUUGAAUAAAUUAUCAGAAUGA